CUGGCCACGUCAGUUAUUUCUUUUGUAUCCUCUCUCCGUCUCUCGCUCCACUCUCUUUAGUUAUCUCAUCAAAUUAGCCACGUCGACUCCUCAACUUCAAUCACAAUGGGCGACCCCGUAACUGCUCUUCGCAUCUCCGUCCAUCAAGCUCUCGGUGGCGGCACAGUGGCUGAUGUGCUGUUAUGGAAGAGAUGGUAUGCAAGUAUUGGUGUUCUAGUGUCAGCGACAACUCUGUGGAUCUUAUUUGAGAAAUCUGGUUACAAUUUGUUAUCGUUUGUGGCUAACGUCUUGCUCCUUCUUGUUUUUAUUCUCUUCUCUUGGGCUAAAUCUGCUUCCCUUCUCAAUCGGCCAUUACCUCCACUUCCAAAUUUCGAAAUUCCUGAGGAGAUUGUUGCCAAGGCAGCUGGUGUGAUUCAUGUGUACUCCAAUUAUGCAUUGUCGAUUGCACGCCAAAUCGUGAUUGAUAAGAAUUUGAAAGUUUUCCUUCAGCUUGUUUCUGGUUUGUGGGUAGCAUCUUAUAUUGGUAGUCUCUGCAACUUCCUCACUCUUGUCUACCUUGGGGUUCUUCUCAUUCUCUCAGUUCCUUUGGCGUAUGACAAGUAUCAGCACCCCAUUGAUGAAAAGCUAUGUUUAGCCAAUAAAAUAAUUCAAGCACAGUAUAUGAAAAUUGAUGAUGCCAUCUUGAAGAAGAUUCCACUGCCUUCAAACAAAGAAAAGAAGACUCAGUAGGAUUUCAAGUUGCUCGGCAGAAAGUGACUCGUGGCUUAGAGAUGGAUUUCAGCAUAUGAAGCUGUUGAGGGUUUUUUUUUUGCCUUUUUGGUUGGCAUGCUGUCAAUAUUAGUUACAAAAAUUAGCUACUCAUGGUAGCUCUUUAGGAGCAGAACUGACCUUAAUACCUUCUAUGAAGAACAUUAGAUUUUUCAUUAUUUUUUCUCUGCAAGGAGGUCAUUGUAUCCCUCUGGAUCUGCAAUUUUGUCAGUCCUUGCUGCUGUUUUUAUUUUAUACUAUUUCAUUCCCACUGGAUGAUGUUCACCGAUGGCGGAGGAAACUAGCUUUGAUUAAUGAAAGUUUAUCUUUAAACUUUUCUUUGAA